CUGGAAAGCAAGUGUGUACACAGACAUUGGACCAAAUAUCUUAUCUACAGAGAGGAAAGCAAGAAAAACACAGGCAGGGAGUGUUUCCAUUCCAGGUAAUCUUCAGUCAAGUAUUGCAUCUCUGAUAACACGUCAAGCUAACUUUAUCAAACUUUAUUGUAAAGUACUGAAAAAGAGUUCCCAGGAUAGGAAGUCUUGUGGCUGACCUCUGUCAGUAGGUCAUAGCCCAUUUAGGAACUCAAAGGUAACAUGCAGGGUAACCAUCAACAGAGCUAUUCUAUUGAAGAGAGCUUUGUUUGGCCUAGGAUUGAUACUGGAGUAGAGCCUUUCUCAUCUUGACAUUCUCACUCAGCUGGUGCGGCCUGUCUUUCCAUUUCUGGUGGACAUAGUUAUAACACUCAUCAAAGGCUAAAAAAUCUGGCUUGCUUUCACCUGUGUCUGAGAAUAGCCACUCUUCUGGUAGACUGGCCAUAGUGGCCGACUAAUACCAAUCCCAAGGCAGCAGAGCCUGCUUACAUUCCCACUGGGAACUUCUGCUGGGAAAGACUGCUCACUUAGUGGCAAAUGCAGCCAAGAAAUAGGGUGAGAAAACUGGCACAAGGUGUUGGCAGAGGAGAGGUGUAAAUGACACCUUAACAGUAAACAAAAUUUUUCAGCAGGGUACUGUCUGACUUCAGAUGUGAAAGGUGGACACUGUGCGGGAGCAAAAUCAAAAAAACCCUGCUCCAUGGGAGAUUUUCCGUCUUACAGUCUUAGAGAGAAAUGAUAGCACAGUCAAGAUUCUACUGUGCUAUGGUGUUUGCUAGAUAAUGAUAUUACAUACCAUUAUUCAUUUGAUAGAGAUGCUUAGCUGUAUGUCAGAUCACCUUUGUCUAGCCUUUUGUUCCUGCAAACAUACAUUCCCUGGUGCCAGGAUGUGGACCAAUGGCAGCACAGUCACUAUUGUUCUGAUUGCAUGUAAAUUAAAUUCUGCCCCUUCUCAAGAGUAAACAGUUGUUGCAGUAGGUGACUACUAUCAGGAGCACCCUUAGAUACAGUGUCCCAAGUAACUGCUUACCACCUUUCUAGAGUUUUGAUGUCUUUUUGGGGUCAUAAAACUCCAGAACAGACAUAAUGACCAUCUAACCUGGAGAAGAGCUCAGUGUCAGGAGCCAAGAUGUUCACUGGAAAGAUGCAGGAACAAACACCAAAAAACUAUGCCUAUUUAAACUCUUGCUGCUACCAGGUUCUCCAAAGGGAAUGGUCUUCAGAAGUAGUUAUCUUAUUUCUUUAGCCAGGAGAGCAGGCUGCUGAAGUGACAGUGAAGCACGUAAGCUGUGAGCACAGCAUCUUCAAGAUGAAGGUCAAAAGCUCUGGAUGGGAAAUGUCAGCAAGUUCGUAUUUUCCAAGAUGGCAAUUUGGUGCCCUCCAUGACCCUAUUACAACACAAAAAGAUCCUGCCUCCUUGUUUUUUACUUACUUUUUCAGCUAUGAGGAAUGAAGCCAGUUUAAAGUUCAGGCUGCUACCAAGAACUUGUUUGUUCCAAACUCACCAACUGUCUACAUAAGCUUCUUGUUCUGCUGAGUAUUUUAAAAACCUCUGGACCUUAAAAGCAGGUCCUAAGGGAUUGUGAGCACUAUGGAAAUGAUACCUCAGAGUACAUGAAGGGUAAAAUAGCCCUCAUUAGCAUUCACCUUUCCAGAAGCUGUCCUCUCAGCAGUUAUUGAGCCAGGUUUCCUCAAUGUCAACCAAAAAACUCUACUAGAAUUGUACUUCAGGUUUAACCACAAGAUCAUUAAUGAAUAACUAUGAAAUCACCAGCGUCCUGGGUUAUUAAUAAACAACACUUCCUCCUUCUGAAUUCAGUGGAAGCUGAAAAUAUACAGUACUCAUUCACAGGAGAGCUGCUUCUACCAUGUUCUUGCUCUACUUGCUCUCACUUCCUAUGAUCAUUACAGAUAUGCUAAAUUGUCUCCCUUCCAUGAAAUCCCCAUAUCCCAAAAUAAGCAUGAUCACUUGACCUUUUACAGGUUCAUGAACACUGAUCCUUCCUCCCUGGCAGUCCACAGGCAAAACACAGCCUGUUCUUUUCACAUAGGCUCUGCAGACCAAAAACCUCAUUCAGAGACUUUUUCAGAGUUGCAAGCCCAAAGACUACUGCACCCACACUAAAGAUCUGGCACAUUUUAUCACUUCCAGGUUUAUUUAUCAGCAUUAAUACUUCUCUGCAUUUGCUUUUCAGCUGUAUCAUUUGUGUAAGGAGGAACUGAAAAUCUCCUUGUUUUGCAAUUACGGCACAGGAUGUGCACAGAGGCACAAUGGUGAAGACUUCAGUCCAUGCUGGAUCCCAUACUACACAUAAUUCACUCACCCUAUAGAGCAAAUAAGUGAUCUCAGUAAUAAGGGGAGGAUAUGUUACAAAUCCACACAGCCAGGCAGCAUCCAGCCCUUGCUGAUGUCACAGCUUGUCACAGUUAAUCCAUCCACACAACCAACCAGCAUGAUACAUGCGCAAAAAGAAGGACGGGUAUGAAUCUUUGUGGUGUAGGAACAAACUGGCUUAAAAAAUGCAAAAUACAACAUCUGUCAUUUUUUGGAAAUUGCUGCCUUUUCUACAAGCCAGUCAGGAGGCUGCGGAUUGAGCUGAAUGUUUUUCUUUUUUUUAAUACAUAAAAAUAGAACUGAUUUUGAUUUAUACAGCAUCUUAAUUUAGCUUCUUUGCUUGCAAAGGAACUCACAAAAUCCUUGUUGUGAUCUGGCUAAAACUCACUUGCACAGAAGCGCAAGCCAACAAUGAAUGCUUUCAAGCUGAUGCUAAUCACGGCCUAUGAUUUUCCAGUUCUUACUCAGCCUGCUUUUGUGAGCACAGCCUCAGUCCUUUUUUCAGCAAUGAGCGUGCUGUGUGUGGGGGGAAGAGAGAGAGAGGCAGACAAAGCAUCAACAGCUUCCUGUGCUGAGAAAGCUGUGCUCCUGAUGAACUGUGCUACUUUGUGCUGAUAACAAAUCUCUUGUGGAACUCCAGCAGCUACUUUGUGCAUCUGAGAAAUGCCUGACUGAAGACUUUCAUUCAUUCCAACAUGCGAAAGCAGAGCUGAACACUCCUGUCAAAAAGCAAUCCAGUGGUCAUGCCUAGGACCCUCCAGAAGAACAACGCUGUCUUGGCUUUGAGUGUAUGCCAAUAUUUUGACCAGAAUGUUCUGAAACCUCUGAACAAAAGGAGUCCUUGGAGAACUAGUGAAACUACUCGACCAUUUAUUUCCAAGGUCUGAUCAUUCUCAAGGCUGAUCUGAUGGGCCAACCUUAACAACAGCUGCUGCCUGACUAUGAACACCCACAUGAAGUAAACACUGGGACAAUGGAAAGAGUACUUGAGGCUACCAGGAUGGAAAACAGCACCUCUCCCUGUUUUCUCAUGGAAAGAAAGACUCGUGUCAAGAUUAAUAGGAAAGAAGUCAUACUAGCCAAGCUGAAGAAGAGCUGCUCCUGCACCCCAAAGAAGCUGAAGAACUUUGUCAUAGACUUCUUUCCUGUUUUACAAUGGCUUCCCAAGUACCAAUGCAGAGAGUACAUCUGGGGGGACAUUAUGUCUGGAUUAGUGAUUGGGAUCAUUUUGGUGCCCCAAGCAAUCGCAUACUCACUGCUGGCAGGUCUGAAGCCCAUUUAUAGCCUUUACACAUCAUUCUUUGCCAAUAUAAUCUAUUUCUUGAUGGGCACAUCCCGUCAUGUCUCAGUUGGCAUUUUCAGCUUGAUAAGCUUAAUGGUAGGACAAGUUGUGGACCGAGAACUUCUCUUGGCUGGGUUUGACUUGAAUGAUGAUGCCCCACCAGCCUUGGGUAAUGGUUCUCUGCAGAAUGACAGUCAGUCCUACACAACUUCCUUCAACCUUACAAUUGCAGGGGUGAAUGCUGAGUGUGGAAAAGAAUGCUACGCUAUUGGCAUUGCUACAGCCUUGACAUUUGUGGCUGGAGUGUAUCAGGUUCUAAUGGGAAUCUUUCGUCUAGGUUUCAUAUCUAUGUACCUAUCCGAGUCUGUACUAGAUGGCUUUGCAACUGGUGCUUCCUUAACCAUUUUAACAGCUCAAGUGAAGUAUCUGAUUGGAAUAAAAAUCCCACGUAGCCAAGGGCAUGGGAUGCUGGUUAUUACCUGGAUUAACAUUUUCCGGAACAUUUAUCAGGCUAACCUUUGUGAUGUCAUCACAAGUGCCAUUUGUAUUGUGGUGUUGGUCACUGCUAAGGAACUGGGAGAUCGGUAUAAGCAUAAGCUGAAAUUUCCUCUCCCCACAGAGCUGGUAGUUAUUGUUGUGGCAACAGUGGUGUCACACUAUGGGAAGUUAAAUGAACUGUAUGCAUCCAGUGUUUCUGGAGCUAUUCCAACAGGAUUUAUUCCCCCCAAGGCACCACAUUUCAAUUUAAUGCUCCGAGUUGCUGUAGAUGCUUUGCCUCUUGCCAUAGUCAGUUUUGUAUUCACUGUAUCCCUUUCUGAAAUGUGUGCAAAGAAAUAUGCUUACACCAUCCGAGCCAAUCAGGAAAUGUUUGCUGUGGGGUUCUGCAACAUCAUUCCUUCUUUCUUCCAUUCUUUUGCAACCAGUGCAGCUCUGGCAAAAACACUCGUCAAAACAUCUACAGGCUGCCAGACUCAAGUCUCUGGAGUAAUUAGUGCGAUGGUGGUUUUGCUGGUGCUACUCUUCUUGGCACCUCUCUUCUACUCCUUGCAGAAGUGUGUCCUGGCUUGUAUUAUCAUUGUCAGCCUCCGAGGAGCACUCAGGAAGUUCCAAGAUGUGCCAGCACGGUUCCAUGUGAAUAAGGUGGACACAUUGGUUUGGGUCGUUACCAUGUCUGCUUCUGCCUUGAUCAGCACAGAAAUAGGGCUGUUGGCUGGCAUUGUUUUCUCCAUGUUAUGCAUCAUAGUUAGGACACAGCGGCCACGGACAGCCCUGCUUGCUCAGAUCCAAGACACUAGCCUUUAUGAGGAUGACUCAGAAUAUGAAAACCUCUCUCCUGUUCCAAAGGUCAAAAUAUUCCGUUUUGAGGCCCCACUCUACUACGCAAAUAGAAACUACUUCCUAAAGUCUCUGUAUAGAUUGACUAAUUUAGAUCCUAACCUAGAAGCUGCUAGAAGAAAGAAAUAUGAGAAGAAGGAAAAGCAGCAUCUGAAAAAGGGAGAUCACAAAACUGCUAAUGGAGUGGGCACUGUAGAAAUGACUCUGCAACUAUUUCCUAAGCAAACUGAUUUCCAAGCCCUUGUUGUUGAUUGUUCUUCCAUCUCAUUUUUGGACACCACUGGAGUUAACACUCUUAAGGAAAUCCUGAAAGACUACAAAGACCUAAACAUUUCUGUUCUCCUGGCUUGCUGCAAUCCCUCAGUGAUAGACUCUCUAAAAAAAGGAGGUUACUUUGGGAAAGAUUUAGGAAGCAUGCAGGAAAUGCUGUUCUACAGCAUACAUAAUGCUGUGCAGUUUGCAAAAGACCAAAAGCUUCCAACAGAUUGCUCAGUUUAACCCUGUGUCGUGCUCGACGAUAUACUACAAAAGUGACAGAUGGGGAGGGGCAGUUUGCAAUAAUUAAAUUAUCAGACUGUGUACAGCAAUAGCCUUACAAAGCCACUCUCAAGAGCUCUGCUGCUUGUCCAGCGCCACACAGUGCAACAGCCAGUGGGAAUGCGGUCCAGGGCCAGGAUGGAACAGUUUGGAUUAUUACCUGCACCUUCACUUUACAAUAUGGGUGAAGUGCAAUAGGGCAGUUUGAGACUGACUUCUUCCUUGUGCCAUGAUCAUGCGUGACCCAACAUCGUAAGACUGUUGUGCUGGAAGGUCCGCCCAGUGUCAGCUGACUCUCCUAGUGGUUUAAUUGUUGGUUUGUGUUGAACAUCUAUGACAUCUCCAUUAAAAUCUAAUGAAUCUUGAACCCAUAAUGGUUUAAAUUCUGGCUUGCAAGGCCCUGCUCCUUUCAUCAUUCUCGCUGUGCUCCCAAACAACUCCCACCAUUUGCAUACGAAUAAAAUGUAUAAAAUAUUGUGUAAUGUAGCAUGUCUCUCCAGCUUGAUUACAUAGGCUUAAUGACACAAUCUGAGAAGAAACCAUGAUCCAUUACAAUAAUUUCAAAAAACUACUGCUGGAGUCACCUGCAUUACUGGCUUCAAGCUGUGGUAAUUAGUUACUGAAAGUUGUGAUACUCUUAAUGAUGCUGAAAGAAAUACGACUCUGAUACCCAAUUUUGUAACUAGUAAGAGAAUAAACAUGAAGAAACACAAACAGCUUUAACUGGCAACCACAGAGUUACCCAGGCAGUUGUACCAUCCUAUAAAAAUAAGUUCCCUCUGGUGGGCAGAUGCAAUUUCAAUUCAGGGACACGUAAGGACCAUCGAACAUACAUUUCAGAACUGUGAUGCACCACAGCUUGUUCUUCCUACAAAUGCCUGCCCGGCUGCAAAGAGUAACAGGAGAAGAGGGUAUGGUGAGAAGGUAAAUCUCUAAUCUGCCUAGAAGGGGAAUGAUGCGUUAGUCAGUACUUCUGGCUGGUCUUCUCUGAUGCAAUGCUAAUGAAGCUUUACAGUAGCAUACUUGGGCCAAGUAAAGGUAGCAGCACCUUGUAAGUUGUGUAUCCCUGUAUGCUGGACAAAUACCCACCACUGUUUGCACAUACUACAGAUGUUUCAAGGUUUUUUUUUUCCUCCUAUCUUAUUAGUCUUUGAUUUGAGAUCCACUAAACCAUGUUUUCCAGGGCUGGGUUACUUUCUAUGAUAAUUUGCACUAACUGCUGUUCAUUCUGCUUUGAGUCAAAUGAUACCCCCAUAGUCAGUUGUGUUGCUAUAUAUAUGUUCUCUCUUCACAAAUAAGCAUAAGUUUAGAUUUUGAUUGUAACACAGUUAGUACGCAGUGUUCUGGCCCAUGGCAUUGGCAGAAUAUCAUCUCUAAUACUCAAGCUUAUAAUUACCUGUAUGAAAGGUAGGAGAGCUGUACUAUCUUUCUCUCCUUAUUCAUGGUUGGCUCACACACAGCACCAAGCAUGGAAGGAAAUUCCAUCACAGCUGUGUGUCUUACAAUCAGCAGACUCUAGAAAUAGGUUCUACACAUGCAGAAGCCAUUUCUCUGCUGUGUCAUUUAAAAAAAUAAAAAGGUAAAAAAUAAAAAGGUCAGGUCAACAUAUCAUGGGACUUGCUUGUUUAAACUUUUCAGGUCACUGAACAAAAGAACACUCAAACUGAGGUUCUCCAAAUGCCCCAGAGCCUUUUUGACUCUCAAGAACAAAUAUUUUAUUACAGGAAAAGCACUGCAUUCCAAAAAGACAAAAUAAAAAAUGUCUUCACAGGGACUGAAAAUAGCAUAAUAGUAGGUAAGUGAUUCAAUGCUGACAUUUUCAUGCACUUGUUAUAAAAAAUGUAUCAGCUGCACACUGUUAAUACUGCCAGAGCAGUAAAACCUGACAGAAAUGUCUGUCAAAAGAUUUAAGGAUUGACUAUUGGCAGCAUUUUCCUGCCACAACACAAUUUAAUUACUCACUUAGUAUGACUAGCUCCUUUCUGUCAUAAAAGCAAAACGGGCAGAGCCAAAGGACAAAGUUUUUCUUUGUGCCUGCUUUUGUUUGUAACCACUCUUUGACCAGGGAAUAUUUCUUCUAAGGUUCUGCCAGGGCCUAGCAUAAGGAAGUAGAUUUAUAGUAAUUACUGCCAGACAGUAUCAGUCUAGACACUCCUAGGCUGUUGUGCCAAAGCAAGCUGUCAUUGGCAGUCAAAUAAAAUUGUUUCAGUAUAAAAAGAGCACAAAUCCUAGCAAUCUAAACUUCUUUUAUCUUUAUGGGUCAAGCUACCAGCCUAGAACAGAAAAAAUGCAAAAAUAACCUUAACUCUAGAUGAAUCUCACUUUAAAAGAGAAAAAAAUAAAGAAAAAAAGAAAAAAUAUAUUCCAACAGAAUGUGUAUCCCUGCAACAGCCUCUGGAGAAAAAUGAAGAGAGGUUGCCCUUCUCUUAUCAAGCAGGCUGAGAAAAUAAGAAUCAGAGUCUCUUUUUCAUCAUAUUUAUUUUAAGAAUGGCACCAAAGGAUACCUAAGCAAAGAGACUUGGCUAUACAAUAAGACGAAGGGUAAUCUUUAAGACUUCUACUAGGAAGAAACUUAUUGACCAGAAGAAAUCAUAAGAACAAUUUUCUGUUUCAGUUUCAUUGGCAGAGCUGGCUCAAAAACCAAGUUGUUCUGCUGCACAAUGUCAAACGGAGCAGGGCAACAGCUUUCAGUGCUAUGCUGCAGGGAUGCUGGGAGACUGUAACUAAAAAAGCAAGUCUUUUUCUGACAGAUUUAUGUUUGCUAUACUGUUUUAUACCAAGAUUAAGGGUAUGAAGAUUGAAAAUGUUAAAAGUUGCUGAUUCUUUCCUGUUCUACCAGGAAUUAGGUACUGUGACUUGGAGAGGAGCUGGGGAUGGACUUGUAAUUCCAACUAGGUUAAUACUAAUGUUGAAAUAAAAUCAUUAUAUGCAUUUUAGGAAAUAUUAUAACCAUCAUGUAGAUUGACCAUAUUUUUGUUCACUGCGGUGCCUUGUAUAAAUCAUGUACCUAACAAAAUUUAGUACUGCUACGUAAGAACAGGAAAGGGUUCCUAGCUUGUGGACUGUGCAGGUCCCAUGGACCGGAGCAAAGAUUUGGGAAUCUUCACCUCAAAUUCUCCUGCUGACUAGUGCAGAAUGGCCAGAAUGUGUGUCAGAGGUGUCAAAAUGGUUGUAUUAACUGGCACUGGUAACUAACAACUGGGGAACUGUCCAGUCCAUGAUAGACACCUUGGGUUCCCUUGUAACCAUAAUAUUCCUGUGUCACAUGACCUAGAGACAAAUGUGUGCUUUUGCUUGGAAAAUAAAACUAGCAGUUAUGUGAAAA